UUCUGGGUAAUGGAGUUUCCGGGGCACUCCGCGCGACUUUGGUCCCGCAGCAGAGCCCACAAGGCGUAGGACCCUCGCCGCUCAGCUGAUCUCUGCGGCCUGGGAGAGGACCCGCCUGAGCGGUCCGCCAAGCACGUGCCGCCGGCGGGGUCGGAGGCCCUGAGGAUGUCUGCGGUGUUCCGGAAGCCCAAGACGUUCAGGCUGCGGGCUCUGCACAGCCAGAGGAAGUUUGGGGUGGCGGGUUGGAGCUGCUCGGAGGUGCUGCAGAAGGGGUGCCGCCACUUUCAGCUCCCUGUCACCGGCUCCCGCCUGUGCCUCUAUGAGGAUGGCACGGAGCUGACCGGAGAUUACUUCUGGGGUGUCCCUGACAACUCGGAGCUGCUGCUUCUCACCUCGGGCCAGACCUGGCAAGGCUAUGUGAGUGACAUCAGUCGCCUCCUCAGCGCGUUCCACAAGCCGCACGCGGGGCUCAUCCAGGCCGCCCAGCAGCUGCUCUCCGACGAGCAGGCCCCGCUGCGGCAGAAGCUGCUGGCCGACCUCCUGCACACCGUCAGCGAGAACAUCGCGGCCGAGACCAGGGCCGAGGACCCGCCGUGGUUCGAAGGUUUGGAGUCUCGAUUCAGGAGUAAGUCUGGGUACCUGAGGUACAGCUGCGAGAGCCGGAUCCGGAGCUACCUGAGAGAGGUGAACUCUUACGCCUCCGUGGUCGGCGUGGAGGCUCGGGAGGAGUAUUCCCGCAUCGUGGACGUCAUGUGCCGGGAGCUCAGGGCAGCGCAGUACAACGGCAGCUACUUCGACAGAGGCGCCGAGGCAGGCGGCCGGCUCUGCUCGUCCGAGGGCUGGUUCUGCUGCCAGGGUCCUUUUGACAUGGACACCUGUGCGUCCAAACACUCCAUCAAUCCCUACGGUAACAGGGAGAGCCGGGUCCUCUUCAGCACGUGGAACCUGGACCACAUAAUAGAAAAGAAGCGCACGGUGGUCCCUGCGCUGGCUGAGGCCGUUACAGAGCGAGACGGCAGAGAAGUGGCCUGGGAGUAUUUCUACAGCCUGCUCUUCACCUCCGAGAACCUGAAGUUGGUCCACAUCGCCUGCCACAAGAAAACCACCCACAAGCUCAGCUGUGACCCCCGCAGGAUCUACAAACCGCAGACGAAGCCGAAGAGGCGGCGGCCGGCCCGCAAGUGCCAGUGACGGGCCGCACGUGCCUCCUCCCCUGGGUGUGUGGGAUUCCAGUGGCUGUUAUCGAUGGCUCCUGGAAACACUUCAGAGGUCCUCAUUACAUUUCUGAAUCGGCCUUUGCACCUCUGAGAGCCCAAGCGCCAGGGGACCAGUUUGGUGCGCGGCCGGGACGCGUGUGGGUCUGCAGGGACAAGGCCCUGUCCUCAGCUCAGGGGCCCCUCCUGCCCCGAAGGUCCCGCUGCCGUGCGCACGCAGGGUGGCCUCCCCACUGACACGGCGUCGGGCCAGACGUGGCGGCGCUGGCUGGAGGGACAAGUAGUCUGUGUCAGCUCUCGGCUGGGUCUCCACUCCCACGACAAAUGCAGAGCUCUAUCCUCUGGGCUUUUCUGAUUGCUCCCAAGAGUUGCAGCCCAUCUGGGGUAAAAUGUUUGUAUUCCAUAAAGCACGUGCAAGGACAGGCGCUACCGUUUAUGGUGGCGGAGAGCGGGAGACCCUCCACGUGUGUGUCCGUAGGGGAAGGGCUCUCUGUGGUCUUGUGCUGAACCACAGGAAAUUGCUGUUCUCGUAAAUCAGAAAUGGUCAGAUGUCACGAUUCAGUCCUACCCAUCGACAUUAUGCGAAGCUGUGUAGCAGUUUUGUGCUUCUGUACGGAAACGGGGGGCUGUGCGUCAGGUGCAGAAGGUGGUCAGUGGCUUCACCACGCCGAGUGUGCCCUGCUGGUUUUAUAACUGUGUAUGUGUGUCGCACGUGCGUGUUAGUGCACGCGGGACAGUCUGCGAGGAAACGUGCCGUCUGGACAACAAUAACCCUGGGGCCGCGGUGGGGGCGCAGUGGAUUAUAAAGGGCUAAUUUUCCAAGUCAUGUAUUUCAUAAAACUUGAAGUUUUUGAAAUAAGCACUUAUUUCAUAAUCUUUUAAAAUUUACUUUUUUAAA